AUGGAAAAAUACCGCACUGAAUUAAGGGUCCCUGUGGACAUGGCGAGAAAAACCUUUGCUGACAGACAUCGGGAGCGACUCGGUAUUGACCAAGAUGAGCGCUCUGUUCAUUUUUCCACAUCACCCGAACACAAAACGUUGCAUUCUACACCUUGGCACAAACCAUUUUCAAACGGUUCGUUGAAUUCAUCAGAUUUCACCGAAGGAGAUGACUGGUUUGAAGAAAUGAGACGGCGCUUUGAAGAACGCCGCCGGAAGUGGAACGAAGAUGUGAAACGUAUGAGGCAGGAAUUUUUCACUCUGGACUCCAACGAUCUAAGGAAAUCAGCCAGCCCCCCAAGACUUUUGCUGCCACAUGGGACAGUCGGUGCACGCAAGCCAUUUUCUGGUACUCUGGAAAAGUGUUCUGAUGGUAGCAUGCAGUUUGUCGCAAAUUUCGACGUGUGUGGAUUCAGUCCGGAGGAAUUGCGCGUUACGAUCAGGGGAAACGAAGUUGUGGUGAGCGCGAAAACGGAGAAACACAGUGGAAGUAGUCGAAGUAGUAAGGAAUACACGCGCUCUGUGACAUUACCAGAGGGAUUUAACGAGGAACAGGCUAACGCAACCCUGACCACGGAUGGCGUACUAACAUUCAUAUGUCCCCUGAAUCAAGGACCAGAGGAGAAGAGAUUUGCUUCACCGGAAGUAGAUACGCAGAACGCAGAUGGUCGAGGACCGAUUGGUUGGUAUGAUCGGUCCCGUAUACGCAAGACUGACAGGAGUACACCUUACAGUCAUUCACCUCAAUCGGUUCGCACAGAAUACGAUAGCUCUUCCAGUUUAAGCUAUAUACGGCCAAAAUUUCGCUUGGAGAUCCCCAUUGACUCUGAUUAUUCCCCAGCUGAGAUUCAGAUUCGUACACUUAACCAUCGCCUUUAUGUGACUGCCAGACACGAGGAACGCUGUUCAAAUCGUACAGCUGUGAGAGAGUUUUCCAAAGAGUAUGACAUACCGGAAAAUGUGGAUCCGGAGUGCUUGGAGGCCAAACUGGAAAAUGGGACCCUUUACAUUGAAGCUUCCUCAAAA